AUGUUGACUAGCAGAAGGUAUAUGAACUGUUGGGUGACAACAAGAAGACGAAGGAUGCAAAGAAACAGGCUUCUCAAAUUUCUUCUGGUCGUUUUGGCUCUUAUCGCGUUUCUUCACUUCAUCGUUUUACCAGCAGCCAGUGGAGGAUACAACGAUGAAUGUUUUAUCCCUGACGAAAAACGUCGAAUUUUAAGGACCAUGGUGCAGAAUAUUUCGAAAGUGUUUGACAAAUACGAUGUACAAUACUGGCUUGACUACGGUGUGUUCUUCCUCCAUAAAUAAAUAAAUAAAUAAAUAAAUAAAUAAUAAGUAAAUGAUACAGUCGAACCUUCAUGUGCGACCACAUCUCGUAAGCGACCGCGGUCACUUUUUGGCUAGAAUUUCCCCGGGAAUUUUCCAUUGUUUUGAACCUCUUCUAGGCGACCACCUGAUACAAUGGUCUCACUAUGAGUUCACUGCAUGGACUACGCUACUCAGAGUAUGAGAAGAACUUUUAGAAACACUGACAUGGAUUUACCAACAUAAAAAAGUAGAAAUUAUAUGCAAUACUUUCUCUCCAAAAUGUACAUGUGCCCGCACUUCUCCUCGUAAAAGACUUCUUGCAGUUCGACUCUUGUAAGCGACCGCCUCCUAUAAGAGACCACUAACUCUUCUCGUUUUAGCUAGUCUCCUACGGGAGGCAGGGGCGUGCUCAGCUUUUCGGACUAGUUGUAGCUAGGCCUGGCUGACUUUCAUUUCCACAUACCCUAAAAAUUGCACGCAUGACCAGUACGCACUGACCUCACCAAUUAACACUUUGACCUGGUCUGUAGGUCUAUGGGCUGGCUACGCCCCUGGAAGGUUCGACUGUAAUUCACCAACGUUGUUAUCCUCCUGUGUAUGGGUGGUUUUAACCUGUACUUUCUAUUCAAAUGGGGGAGGGGGAACAGUCCCUUAUUUGGCCUAGACGGGUAUGUGCCGCUGAGCGGGGAAUGGUUUUAAGGGGCUUGGGUCUUAAGAAGGGCUUCAGAUCCCUGAUUUAAAGUUCGCAAUUCAUUUAAAUCCAACUCACUCUACUUUUUAAAUGGGAAGUUUUAUCCUUGCUUCAACACUUCUCCGGAAGUUUAAUUUCUUCGUGUUUACUUGCCAAUUUUUCUUUUCCGAGAGUAAUAUAUCGCCCCAUGUGAGGGAACCCAGGACAGCCUUGCUGCCUUGGAUUCUGGAAUCCACGUCGUGGAUUCCGGAUUCAAGGAACUGGAUUCCGGAUUCUUUGUCAUUAAAAUUCGGACUCUGGAUUCCAAUCAUUAGUGGGAUUCCGGAUUCCUUAAGCUGUAUCCGGAUUCCAAAGCCUAGGAUUCCGAAUUCCACAAGAGCAAUUUCUCGGAUUCUGGGAUUCGGUUCCACAAGCAAAGAUUUUCGGGAUUCCGAUAUCCGCUUUGAAUUCUUUUUUCUCGAAUUUACAUGCAGAAGAAAGCAUGUUAUCUUUUUCAACAAGGAUUCUCUCUUAUUAAUAGAUGCUGUAAUUUGACCCAAUGAAUCAGUGCCUGCUCUCAUUCCUGGGGCUUUUUACACUGAGGGAGGAAGAUACUAGCAACAGAAAGGUCCUAGAAUUACGACAGAUCUCCGUAGCGCCAAUCGUUUUCUGCAUUCAGCUUCAUGUAAUGGGUUGUACUUGUCCCUAGCGCUAGGAUCUUCCUAGUUCUAGGAAGAGAGGUAGGAAGAUGCUAGUAAUCUUGACAAAUCAGACAAAAAUGACGGUAGGUCGUUUACUGGAUAAUGACGGUAAUAAAAGCUGACCGUUUCGUUUUGCGUCACCACGACCUGGUAAUUGGGGUAAUUAUUAACGCCAGUUAAGAGGGUAGAAGGGCCCAAAUUCCCAAAUGGGAACAGGCUCCAUUUGCGGAAAAGGAAAAAAACGAGGUGAAACAGCAGCAAAAAAAUCGCCGAACGAAGCGAGCCGAGUGGUGGACAGCCACUUCGCUAACCGAGUUUUUUUUUUCCACCCUCCCCGAUUUUUCUGUAGAGAGAUUAAGAAUUACGCCAAACGGCAAACGGCAAACGUGAUUUUUACCACGUGACCAAGUUUUUCCCUUUAUUAUCGUUUACUGUUUAUCACUUCAACUAAAAAAAAAAGUAGUUUCACGCUAGUUUUAUACAUAACAAUUGUUCUUAACAGUUUUAAUCUGCUUAAAUUCAAUUCUGAGAAAUUCUCAACUUGAAUCUGACGUUUCCCGUUUAGCAUAAACGUGAAUCUUAAUUUCUCAUUUUCACCUUUUUCCUCCACUACGGAGCCUGGUUCCAAGCUAUUUUGCUUAUUUAGUUCGCUAUCUUAAAUUCCUCAUCUCUUCUUGGGUACCACAAAGACCGAAAUUUCUGCAUGUAAAACCCCCAAAAAGUUGUUUCGCCUUCUAAGUACUUCCUGGUACUGGAAUUUUCUUCUCUCCAUGUAAACAACCCCUUAAAUCACGCCACCUCCCCUUACUCAAGGCUCGACUGAUUUCUGCCGAUUGUUCGGGUCCGCCAGAGGAGAGGAGCGCGUGCUUAUUUCCCGAUCAGCGUCUGGUAAUCGAGCCUACCCUCGUAAUAAAUUAUAAUUUAAUAAUUUAUGAUGAUUUAUGACUAACAAUAGACGACUGUUUAACUGUGACAAUAGACGGAUCGAAACGCACCAAUUACUGAUUACGAGUCUUCAUAGCCAAUAACAUCACGGCUUAACUGACAGACGACCAAUAACAUCGCAACGUAAUUGACCAAUCAGAUCAAUAACCAGAGUAUAAUACCAUCAACUGACGUGAUACAACUCACUUUGACUCUGAAGAUGACUGCCGCACAGGUUGUCGAAACGUCAGUCACUGUCAACAACAACAGUCCUAUUCAGGACUACGUUCACCCGGACGAUCAAACUCAACCAAAUUUUAAUAAUUUAUAUUCGUAAAUAAACUGGGUUUUUUUUCAAUCUUCCAGGGACACUUCUUGGCGCUUAUCGCAUGGGUGACGUUCUUCCCCACGACCAUGACGCGGACAUGUCAUUUCUUGUGACUUCAAACAUUUCUCAAGCCUUUCAGGAAUUGGCCAAGUCCGGGAUCACAGCAGCGGGAAUUAAAGCGAGAUUCAAGGGGGUGAUACUUGACUUUGUGCCAUGGAAACCUAAAUAUCGAACCACCCACGACGGGACGCAAUUAAUGCUGUAUAAGUCAUACCCUUCAUACGUAUUAGAAAAGGAUAACAUCAUGAAUAGAUAUCAUCAUAAGUUAGAAACAUUUCCAUAUUCCUGGGCGUUUCCCGCGGGGAGAAUCAAUUUCCACGGAGUCUCUGCUUCUGUCCCUCACUCACCAGAGAAGUUACUGUCCUUCCGAUAUCCUUAUACCUUUGGCCUUUUUGGAGUGCGAAUGAAAACGCCGUAUAAAUGGAAGUGUUACGUUCCGUGUUGGUUGAGAAAAAGCAAUGGAUGUUAG